AUGUUAACUAUACAUGAGGCAGAGAUCAUGCAGAUUGUUGUAGGCAAGUCUGACUCUGCUGAGGCAGCCAUCAAUGAGCCUGACAACAAAGACAAGUACCUCAAGUUUAUUCAGAAGGCCUUUGGAGACAAGUACCAAGAUCUCCCACACGUCUCUGGGGAGAUUCAUGCUCAGAAGAUUGCUAGUUUCACACUGGACAAUUGGAAGGUGUUGCAGCAGUGGCUCGUGGAUCAUGACACUCUGAAUCAAUUCCACAAGCACAAGACAUCAACAAUGAUGGGCCCCACCCACAUGAUUGCUGCAGAGAGGAAGUCCUACACUGACAGUGAUACAAAGAAGAUUGUGGAUCUGGUCAAGGCAUGCUCAGUUGGCAAGAAGGUGUACAUCACCCAGGUGAACAAACCAUCCAAGUUGCAGGGGCUCUAUGACAGCAAGGGAAAGGACAGUGUGCUUCCUAAGCUUGUGGAACUGGGGGAUGGACUAGUGAAAAAUAGUGAGGUUCCGCACACCAGUAGCAGUGGGAAAGUGUCCCCCCCCUUUGUAGCCCUCACAUGCUUCAAUAUCAACAAGCUGAUCCCCAUUGACUCUGGCACAAAGACGAAGUUAAAAUGGGUGCUGCCAGGCACACAUCACUAUACUGAUGCAAACCUCCACAUCAGCAGGGAGCAGUACCCCACCAUGGUUGGAGACCAACAAUGGAUCGAUCUCGGACACAGUUUGGUGAUUCUAUAUCCCAUACUCGGAGCUAGCAAUGUUCAAGCUUGGCGUGAAAUCUAUGUACUGACUGUUGGUGACAAGCCUAUUCUUGAUGUGUACGAAGGGCAGGUCAGGAACCAGGUCAAUGACUUCUUGAAGAAGGUCAAGGAUGGCUACAAAGUGAAGCUAUCCAUGCGUGUUGACCCUACCAGACAACAAGGAGAAGACAAACAAGUUGAGGAGUUUCAAUUCUUCAAGGCAAUCAGGUUGGGUGCAAGAGGCACCACCACCGAACACCUGGUUGUCAAUUUGUUGGCUCAACACCAAGCAGGAGGUGGUGUCCAAGGAGGCUAUCAUGAACCCCUCCCCUCUUCCAGGAGAUGGAUGUUGUCAAUGAGCAAUGGGAUGACAUUGCCCAGCUGGCAUGCAAGCACAAGCAUCUUGGCACUGAGGAUGAGCUGGAAGAUGCUUGCUGCAAUGGUCCAAAUAUCCCUUGCCAUCAUCUUGUUGUAUGAUCAGGCCAUACAGCCACAAGAACUUGAUGUGGGGGAUGAAUUUGACCUCAGGCUCAUCAAGCAAAUCACUCUGAAACUCCUACCACUACAUGAAAACUGCUCAGGAUGUGGUGUGGUCAUGAUCAAUGACAGCUUGAAGAUGGGAAUGUGGUGA